AUCGAUAGUUAAUGCAUCCACCGUUGAGGAGCCUCACCCGCCUCCUGCCCGCCAUCGUAACUUGGCGUUCACUUCAGUCUGUUUGGUAUCAUUAGUAAAGAUACGCAUAAUCUCAGUUUGCAUUUUACAUAAGACAUAGAAAAUGCCGAGAAAACGUAAAUUAUCAAACAUAAAGGAGAGAUGCCGUAUUUGUCUCGUCGACAAUGGUUCCAUGAGUAAUUUGUUCGACGAAGUUCUACAAUCAAAGUUGAACGAUUUGACAAAGUGCACUUCCAUUAAUAUCAAGGACGAGCAUGGUUUGCCCAACAUUAUUUGCCACGUAUGUUUCUACAAGCUGGAUAUGUGGAAUGAGUUUAAAGAGCAAUUUAUACGCUCGAAUCAAAUGUUAUUAAGCCAGUUGGAACUUGCAGAAGUUUCUGAUAAUGCGAAAUCACAACUUAAAAGAACUUACACUGAUCUGCACGACAGUGGAGAAGACAGCCUCACGGACACUUCUGAUAAGAAGAAAUCAAAACCUGAUGUACCACCCUUAAUACCAUUGGAGUUUGCGAGCGUAGAGUGUGUAACAGACCAAGCGAUGUCAAAGGAAAUUUAUGUAUCUGAAGAUGAUGUUACAUCUUCAAAGGAUUCUUCGCAGAGAGCUCAAGAUGUUUCCAAUGAUGAUAAACAUAAAAAUGAUGAGGAAUUCGAGAGUAAGGAUAAUAUUCAACUGAAACCUUCGUUGAUUCCUACAAAGGUCAAAAUGAUAACUGGGAGACGUAAUAGGACAACAGAACAAAGGAAAGCAUCAACUAAAAGAUGGGUCGCGCGAAAGAAAGCUCUUUUAGCGGCGACAGGAGAGAGCGUAUCAGAUACAGACUCUAUGGCAUCGGAUGAGACCGAAUUAUCACCAGUGCAAAAAGCACGAGCAAAAACUAACAUGGACAUAGAGUGCGAGAAGCAAAAGAGAGUAGCUCGAGCGUUAAAACAGUUGGAAACUAAUUUGACUGAGAAAUAUACCAUUAAACAUGAUAGAAGCGAUUUUAUGUGUGUAGAUACUGAUUCCGAUACGCGAAGAACAAGGUCGGUUAAAGACGUUACUUCUGAUGUGUCAUUAACAGACAAAAACACUUCUGUGAAAGAUUCUACUGGACCAGAUGAAAUAAAAAAGAAUAAAAGCUGUCAGGAUGAUUUAAAAACAAAGGAAAAUUCAUCUGUUUCUGUGCCAGAGAAAACUGUUGCAGAAAAGACACCAAAGAAAAACGAAACAGAAAAUAGCAACAAUAUAUUUACUCCAUGUUCGGUGAAAUCGGAAUUAGAAAUUGGAGAUGCUACAUAUAUAGUAACAUCUACUUUAAUGCUUGCGGAACCGCAUUAUCUGAAUAAAGCAAAUUUGCAUAAUUUAUCGAAAGAGUAUAAAAACGAUAGCAUAGUUGAACAAAGUUCUCAAGACAAAAAUACUGACAUCAUCGACGCUGUACAACUUCGCAGAAUAAAUCCAAUCCCAACAGAUCCCAAUGAUAAAAAGUGUAUCGAAAGAUGCUUAAACAUAGAAGUGGAAGGAACAGAGAUAGAAGCUCUGAAACGCGUGCAAGUUGAGCUCGCUGGAUUCGUAGAAAAAGAAAUGAAGCAAAGAUUAUUCGGAAUAACCAACAACGAUACAAAGAAGGACAAAAUGGAGAAUGGUUGCAAGAAUUCGUAUCAAACUUUAGACCAACAGUUGAAGAAUAUAAUAGAAAAAACUAUAAAGAAAAAUUUUGAAUCUUCCAUGAUGAGAAGCUGUGGUUCUGAAUUUAGCCCGUAUACUAAGAGACCGGGAAGAGUUUCCCCUACAUUAGCAAAAGCAGCAGAGGAUUGUAAAAAAUAUCAACCCAAAGUUGUAUUGAAACGUUUAGAUAUAACCAAAGAAAGUAAACAGCGAAACAUUAAUAAUAUUCACGUUGUUGCUAAGCGUACCGUUAAAAAUAAACUUGGUGGACCGUUUAGUAUGGUUUCUCAUAAACGACAAAGUGUACCACCGAUAAGAUAUAACGAUUAUAAUACUUCCGCUUUGGAUUCUGAUUCUGAGCUAUCAGAGGAUGCUUCCGAAGCAUCCAAGACAGAAAGUAAUCAAAAUGUGCAAGAAGGUGCGAAAGAAGAGAAUGUUGGUACAGCGAAAGAACCAGAAGAACCUAAAGUUGAUUCCAAUACUGCAACAAUUUCUGAAUCUGCUAUGAUUAACAAAGAGAAAACAGAAAAUCAAGAGAAUGUUGUUAGAAUAAAUUCGCCUGUUAUUGAAAAGCACGUAUGCGGCGUAUGCGAGCAGUCGUUCAAUAGUCGCAGCGAAGUCAUAGCACACGUUCGCACGCAUAAAUCAGAAUCCACGCGACACAAUAAACAUAAGAUGAUGCGAUGCAAAAGAUGCCACGAAAUAGUCGAGGCUAAAUUGGUAAAAUCGCAUGUAUGUAAAUCUACAAAGCAGCAAUCUCACAAGUGUUACGUUUGCAACUCAACGUUUAGAACUGAGAAACUUCUGGUGCGCCAUUUAGAAAGUCACGAUCAGUCUGAGUUCAAUAUAGAAAACAUAAAGAAAGGAGAAUCUCAAAAGUCAACCAACGCAAACUCGUCGCAAAAAUCUAAAGAAUCGGCGUACAUUAAAUCUGAAAUCUCUCAACAUCUAAAAGCGGACAGUAACGUGCAUAGAAACUCAGAUGAUUCUAGAAUUGAAGUAAACAAUGUUCAGUCAGAGAAAGUAGGUAACAAAGGAGCAGAAGGAGAUCAUGGACAAGUCGUUAAGCCAAAAGAGACGUACACUUGUUUUGUUUGCGAUAAAAUAUUUACAGAUGAAGAGAUAUUAAAAGAUCAUUUGCAGAAGCAUUGCGAUGAUAUGAGUGAGGAUGACCAGAGCAAUGGCAAGGAACAAUAUCAAUGCGCAAUUUGUGGAGACUCGUUAGAAUCUGAAGAUGCACUUGAGGCUCACGUUGAAAAACAUCUGUUCGAUGAGGAAGAUGAUAAUCCUAACCUCAUUAAUAUUGCUAACGACAACGAUCGAUCGGAGGGGGAUCCUUAUCACUGUCUACAAUGUGGGGAGUCGUUUAAUUCGGAAAUGUUAUUAGAGAUGCACAUGCAAGCUCACGAAGAGGAAGCUGCGAUCGCGGAAUGGGAAAAACAAGGAGUAAAAUCAUACGAAUACCAAUGCAUGAUUUGCGAUGAUCUUUUCGAAACGGAAGAAGAGUUAUCUGAUCAUUUAGACAUACAUAAUGGUAACGCGCAUGUUUGUCAGUUAUGUGAGAAGCCGUUUACUUGUCUUGAAGAUUUACAACAACAUGUUGCAACUCAUUGAUGCAAUUAUCGACUGUUUUCAUAUUAAUCUUUCAAGUAAUGCCGACUACAAAAUAAAUAAGACUUGUAUGGUGAAAGAGGUACCCCUGUGUAUAAUACUUUGUAUACAUGUAAGAAUUCAUGUGUUAAAGGAUGACGCAAUACAAGACGAGGUUUUGCCGUAGUAUCGUUCCAUUUCGUUCUAAAAUAUCUUACAAAAGUAAAUGUAAUUAAAGGUAUCCUUAAUAUCAUAAGUACAAAUCCUGCAGAGAAUUUACUUAUAUGUUGAAACAUUUGAAAACUUAAUUUCUGAAUAUAUAUAUAUACAUAUAUAGAGUUCAUGUAUUUCAUAAUGCAUUAGACCAGUAUUCUCAAUAUUAAUAAAGCUUCACAUGCAGACAAAAUUUACAGAUGUUAAAUGAACAGUAAAUAAUACAAAAGUGUUUUCACGUGAAUUAAAUCAUAAAGAUCUUAGUUAUGGUAGCAAUGUUAUCUUACAAUAUGUUAUCUACAAUUUUGUAGCAAUUGAUGAAAAAUUCCUUUGUGAUAUGUGCUAACAAUGUAGUGUCUUCUAUAUGCAUAUAAAUGCGUACAGUUUUUGUAUAUAUAGUAAUACUUAAUAAAGCACAGAUUUAUUUCCAAUAAAUACCAACUGUUUAUACAUAAAUAAAGUACAGUUUUAUUUUCAACAAAUAUGAACUGUAAUAUAAAAUCUACGCGAUGAAGUAUUUCAAGUAGAACGGAUUAGAAUUAGGAUUGAUUAAAUAAACACUUGUGUAUAAACUGUAACGUAUUUUGUUGAUUGGAAUUUAACAUGUAUAUCAAUGAGUAUGCAAAUAUAAUGUUUUUAUACGAAAUAA